AAAGUUGUGGCUGAGAUCCACUCUCUUUCUUCUCAGCACUUCCAAAAAAGGGAACGUACCAAACACACACCCCAUUAUAUCACCACGCGUCCUUCUCCCUCUCUAAGCCAAUUAAUUAACCCCACUCCUUCACAUUCAACUGAUUCAAACCCAAUUUCUCACUACCCCUUCUCUCACAUAUCAUUGCCACCCCUUUAAUUAAUCUUCUGAAUCUUCAUGCACGCGUGAGCCAGCUAGCACUGUUUUAGAAAGCAAAAUUAUUCUCAUUCUUCCAUAUACCUUUCCCAUAACGUAGAGUUUCCAAUAAUUCAUUAAUUAUUGUUAUUCCCAGUUUGAGCACUCACUCUUUCACAUACGUAGUGUGUGUGAAUUUGGAAUUGAUGCUCGCGGUGUCACCUUUUAGGAGCACCAAAGAUGAAAAAAUCCAAGGAGCGAUGGAGGGUUUUGCCAUGGCAACCACAACCUCAACAAAUGAUGUUGACUUUGGUGAACUCUCUGAAGGGAACUUAUUGGAGAGCAUUGAUUUUGAUGACCUCUUUGUCGGCAUCAACGUCGACGGCGAUGUCUUGCCGGAUUUGGAAAUGUUCGGUGAGUUCUCCGUCAGCGCCGCGGAGGAAUCGGAGAUGAACGACUCGGUGGAGAACAAGGUUGAGAAUAAUGAUACUCAGAAUAUUGAUAUUACUACUUCUUCCAAGAAAGAAGAUGAAGAUAAAACCUCUUGUUGUGCUGCUUCGGGUCAAGACUUGGGGUCAAACCAAGGAGAAGAGAUUGUGAGUAAGAGAGAUGAAUCUGUGGUGGUGAAUUCGUCUUUGAAGGAAGGUGGAAAAGGAAGAAAAUCUUCAUCAGCUCAAUCGAAGAAUAAUAGUAGUAAUAAUAAUAAUAAUCCUCAAGGGAAGAGAAAAGUCAAGGUGGAUUGGACCCCAGAAUUGCAUAGGCGAUUUGUGCAAGCUGUGGAACAGCUAGGAGUGGAUAAGGCAGUGCCUUCAAGGAUUUUGGAGAUUAUGGGAAUUGAUUGUCUCACUCGCCAUAACAUUGCUAGCCACCUUCAAAAAUAUAGAUCCCAUAGAAAGCAUUUGCUAGCGCGUGAAGCUGAAGCAGCGAGUUGGAGUCAAAGAAGGCAAAUGUAUGGGGGAGGAGGGAAGAGAGAGGUAAGUCCCUGGCCAGCACCCAUCAUGGGGUUCCCUCCCAUCAACCCAAUGCACCAUUUUAGACAUCUACAUGUAUGGGGGCAUCCAUCCAUGGACCAGUCCUUCAUGCACAUGUGGCCUAAACAUCUACCACAGCAUUCGCCGCCACCUCCGCCGCCACACUCUUGGGCACCGACGGCAGCUCCACCAGCACCUCAAGAUCCUUCCUUUUGGCACGCUCAGCACCAAGGGGCUCCAAACGCACUAAUACCAGGAACACCUUGUUUUCCACAACCUCUGACAACAACGAGAUUUGGAUGUCCACCUGUCCCCGGCAUCCCACCCCAUGCCAUGUACAAACCACCAGAUCACGCCACCGCCGUCCCUCCUCCCCGGCCCCUCUUUGAUUUCCAUCCGUCAAAGGAGAGCAUAGACUCAGCCAUUGGAGAUGUUUUAUCAAAACCGUGGCUGCCACUACCUCUUGGACUUAAGGCUCCAGCGCUUGAUAGUGUGCUGAGUGAAUUACAGAGACAAGGGAUUCCAAACAUUCCACCCUCUAGUGCUUGAACACCAGUAUCCUUUAUGGAAGAGGUUCUUCCCUUUCGUUUGGUGUCAUGUCCACUUAACCCUAAUUCGACGACUUCUCAUCCAUUAGAUGUUGCAUUGCAUGUAUGUUACAUCUAAGCUACUAUGUGAGUUAUUCUUAUCUUUCUUCUUCGCUUUUAACAGCAAAGAAAGGAAGAAAAAACUUUGAAGACUUUUUCUAGUUUUCUCACGUGCUAUAAUGCAUGAGUGAUUGGUUUCAA